AUGUCUUCCGAUAUCGAAGUAGUCUCUAACUCGACAUCCCAGCAGUCAUAUACAACCUCGGCAAUUACAUUCCCUACCCUGCUGGAGCCCCGCUCACCACCAACGAAUGACGAGGCGAAAGCCCGGAUCCAGGAAUUGUAUGACUCCGGUGUGCCGUUCUUUACCAAGGAUGCGAUCCGGGAGAUCUGGGAGCAGAUGCAGCGUCAGCUUGGCCAAGGAGAUAAGGUUGUCGUCAAGGAUGUUACCGGUGCUAAGCUUGGAUGUGAGGUGAAGCUGGGGAAGACUGACCACGAACUCGCCUUGUCAUAUAGGUGCGCCUCACAGCUCAAGAGAGAGAUAGACUAUGACUGGGACGAGCAAGUUCUAGACAGCGUUUAUGCACCGAUACUUGUAUCGCACCAUCUAUGCGAGCUUGAUAGCACCAGCGAAACAAAGGAAAUCAUACCCAAUACACCGAUAGGAGAGAAAGGAGCCGUCGCUCUUGACUUCCAAGAGAAGCGCAAAAAGUGGGAAGAGAGCUCGACUUGCAAGAAGUUCUUCGAGACUUUAGCUUCCUCUGCCGGUAGCCACGAGAUCAAAAAGAUCAUCGGCUUCGCCUGUGGCAGUCUGUCAUUGCCGAAUAACAGCCACUCAGCUACCGAGCAUGCCUUGCUAGUCUCUGUCCGAGACUGGCUGAAAUCCCGUGACGGGGAUAAGGAGGCUGCAUGCUACGUCCAGGACCCGAUGAAUACGUCUGUGGACAGGGAGGUUCUGGCUGAGGUUGGGUUCGAGGUUAUUGAUGAUCCGCGUGGAUGGCUUGAGGUCGAUGAGAAGUCUUUUGUGAUUUCUAUUGCGCCUAAUGUGCCUGUCAAGGAGAUUAUUGCGGAUAUUGCUAGGCCGGCUGUUGUGAUUUGGUUCCGUGUCAAGGCUGAGUCGAAUGAUGAGGGCGGGGACACUGAUCCGGACUCGUCGCGCGUGAGGGCUAUGAUGGAGGAGUAUGAGCUGUUUGAGCUUGAACCAUAUGAUGACCUCGCUGAGAAUGUCGUGGUUUAUAUACGGAAGUCUGGUUCGGCGACGAAGUGA